AUGGUGUCAGUGUGCUACACUUACAAGAUGAGAUUCAUCAUAGCUUUCAUAGUGGUAAUAUUAUGGUGUGCAUUGGGUAAUGGAUCUUUUACUGACGGCCGUGGUGGUCUUUAUAACUCUAAUGGUUAUCUUAUCUGUGAGUCUGGUUCUAGUAAUGCUGCUACCACUGGCAUUGCCUCUGCUGGUACUGCUACUGCUACUUGA